UUUAUCAUCACUGAUUAAACCACUCACUGCACGUGUUUACCAUCAUUGCAAUUGCGUCUUGUGAAAUAGUUGAAUACAUACAUAUUUAUUAACAAAGAUCAAAAACGCCUUAAUGGAGCACGCCGACUAUGCGCCUCUGGGCGCCACAGCAGCCGCCGCCAGCACUGCAAUAGUUCUUUGUUGCGAAUGCGGUGUGGCUAUCCAACCGAAUCCGGCCAAUAUGUGCGUGACCUGUCUGCGCAACCAUGUGGAUAUCACCGAGAACAUACCCAAACAGGCGGUCCUCCACUUCUGUCGCAACUGUGAGCGCUAUCUACAGCCGCCCACCGAAUGGAUACAGGCGUCGCUCGAGUCUCGCGAGUUGCUGGCCAUUUGCCUAAAAAAACUUAAAGGGCUUAAGGAUGUGAAACUAGUAGACGCCGGCUUUAUCUGGACUGAGCAGCAUUCCAAACGUAUCAAGGUUAAACUGACAGUUCAUGGCCAAAUUUCUGGAGGAACAGUGCUGCAACAGGUCUUUGUGGUGGAGUUUACAGUGCAAAAUCAAAUGUGCAACGAUUGUCAUCGCACUGAAGCCAAGGAUUUCUGGAGGUGUCUAGUGCAAGUACGUCAGCGUGCAGAAAACAAAAAGACCUUUUACUACUUGGAACAGCUAAUCCUGAAGCACAAGGCCCAUGAGAAUACACUAGGCAUUAAGCCAGAGCAUGGUGGUCUGGACUUUUACUAUGCCAAUGAGAAUCAUGCUCGCCGUAUGGUGGACUUCCUUCAGACAAUGGUUCCGGCCAGAGUAACCACAUCAAAGCGUCUCAUUUCCCAUGAUAUACACAGCAACAACUAUAACUAUAAGUACUCAUGGUCUGUGGAAAUAGCUCCCAUAUCCAAGGACAGCGCCGUUUGCUUGACCAAGAAACUUCGUCAUCAAUUGGGGAAUCUAUCGCCUUUGUGCUUAGUCAAUCGAGUCUCGAGCAGCAUCCAUCUAAUUGACCCACUCACCGCCCAAAUAGCCGAAAUCACAUCUCAGGUAUAUUUCCGCUCGGCUUUUGAGGCCAUCUGCAAUCCAAAGCAGCUGGUGGAGUAUAUUGUUAUGGACAUCGAUGUGAUCAUGGACAAAGACCGCAAAUCCUAUCCGGGCCAAGGUCAAGUGUCAUUUAAACAUGCUCUCUGCGAUAUUUGGGUUGUCCGUGCCUCCGAAUUGGGUCUCACCGAGAAUACCAUACAUACGCGCUCCCAUCUGGGGCAUCUGCUGAAAGUUGGCGACUCUGUGAUGGGCUACAAUACCGGCGAGGCCAAUAUCAAUGAUCCUGAGUUUGAAAAACUUUCAUCUGAUAUAAUUCCGGAUGUGAUUCUAGUCCGUAAACAUUAUGACAGACAAUCACGUCUUAGCCAGCGUGUGUGGAAGAUCAAGCAUUUGGCGGCGGAGGCCACUGAUGAGCGUAGCAAAUAUGAUUAUAAUGAGUUCCUCGACGAUCUGGAAGAACAUGAGGAUCUGAGAGGACAGGUCAAUAUCUACAGAGACAGUAACAAAACCGCUCCUGAAGCCACAGAUGAUUUGCCCCAGAUUAAUUUAGCCGAGAUGCUGGAAGACCUCACGUUAGAGUGUGCAGAUGAUGAAAUGGGUGAUGGCCAGGAGGAGGAGGAACCACAGUUAUAAGUUUUUUUAUUUUUCUCUUUUUUUUAUAUGUACAGUAGUGAGAAAAAUAAAAAAGACAAUUUUUUAAUUGUUAAUGCCAAUGCUAACUAUUGGCAACGGAUA